AGUUAAUGCCACUAUAUGACCUCCUAUCUCCUAUAUAUCUAUAUAUAUAUCUCCUAUGUGCUUUCCAUCACGUAAAUUAUGUGAAGUUUUCAAUAUUUUUAUUCUUCCCACGAGAAAAGCGCAGCAAACUACCCAAGACGUAACUCCUGCUGUGUCUGCAGUUCACUCCAAAAACACAACUGAGCUGUCAUCUCGUCGCUGCACGGCUUAUCGCAUGCAUGGAUCUGACUGUAGAGUGAGCUGGUGACCUUGUUGACGUAGACGUGCUCUCUCACUUCAGGACCAUGAGCAUGGCACUGGGCUGGCUCCAGUCUCACUUGUCCUGCGCUAACCCGACCAGUAACUCCAGUAUCACACAUCAGCACGCUCACAGCAAAGCCUGCUGAACAGGACUGCGCGGUGAGCCAUGCUGUCUGGUACUUGGCGGCGCUCUGUGGGGCAUCAGCAGACUGCUGCAGCACCUGCGGUGUCCAACAGGGGGAUGACAGUGUGCGGGGUCCCCAGCGGGACGGUGGUCCUCGAGGCCCAGUAUGACUACAACUACCGCGGUGCCGAUGGACGCCAGGUCUGCAUAAGAGAGGGUGAACGGUUUAUUCUCCUGAAGAAGACCAACUCUGACUGGUGGCAGGUGCGGAGAAUUGGGGCAGCCAGUAAAACAAAGCCGUUGUAUGUACCUGCUACGUAUGUGACAGAGGUGCCUAUUGCACCCAUGCCCUCGCCACAGCGCCUGGUAAUGUCUGCCUCGCUCAACUCCAACCUCAGGAUACUGCCAAGGGUUUCACUCUCUCCGAGCCCAAAAGCGACUUCCUGUAAUGAGCAGCAUCAAGUGAACAAACCCAUCUACCGCUCCAUGGAAAACCUCAACUUCAGUGCCUUCCAGGGGCUGGACAACAACACCAGCACAGGUGGAGGGCGCAUCCCCACCCUGCCCCUUUCUGGAUUCACCUUUACCCCCAAUUCUCCCACCUCCCUAUCAGGCCACCUCAUGGUCCCUGGAUCCCCCGCAGCCUCCACGGCCCAAACAGCACCACCAAAUCCCAGGGUGGUCCCCAUGAUCACACGGAGCCAGAGCUCCAGCAACCUGCCUGAAAACCUGACGGAGAACCCGUACGAUGAGGUGGGUGGCAGCUUCAGCAGUCGUGUCAACCACAGGAUUCCCAAGAAGUCUUGUAGCCAGUGGGACAUGGUGGGGUCUCCCGGCAAGAAGAACCACCUGCAGGUCCCAACAGAGUCCUAUCUGUCACAGCUGUCCUGGCAAGACUCUCCUCUGUACGCUGAAGGCACACAGCCAGAGAAACAUCCAUCGCAGCCAGAGCCACCUCGCCCUGACCCAGGUCAACAGCCUCUUCAGAUCAAGGACCUGUGGGAGCAGUACUCAGACCCAGCUACAGGUAGAUUCUACUACGUCAACACCAUCACCAAGGAGAGGUCCUGGAAACCCCCUCGCCGGGCUCGUGGACACACCAUCAAUAAGGCCAGUCCAGCACAACCUCAGACAUUACCCAGGGACACCAGCCAUCUGUCACUGCCGCUUCCUGGAGCUGGCAAUGGAGCUAUGCACAGGCUGUCACCUGAUUUCCUCUUCGGGAGCCACCAGGGGAAAACUGACAGUGGCUGGCAGAUGAAACAGAGCAUGCAGCGUGCAGCCUCCUCUGAAACCCUGAGCACGAUGGCGUUCAGCAGUGCAGAUGCCCAGAGUCAUAACUCUGCCCCCUUGCAUGAUGUCAAGCAGCAGCUCAGUCACUCCCAAUCUAUGAUCCUGCCUGAGAAUGGCAAGCUGGUCCAGCAGUGCAGCAGAGAUUAUUCUCGUAAUGUGGCCAACAUCAUCGUGGAGCCUCCGUCGCCUCAGAGCUCUCCAGACAGCGAUGGCUGCACACCAGAGCUGGAGAAAGCCGGCCUCUUGAACAAGACAAAGAUUGCAGAGGGAGGCCGGAAACUGAGGAAAAACUGGAGUCCAUCCUGGGUAGUGUUGGUCGGGAACAGUCUGGUUUUCUUCAAAGAUCCUAAAUCAUACACACCUUCCACCUGGAAACCAGGAAACAGUCGCCCUGAGAGCAGUGUGGAUUUAAGAGGCGCACAACUGCACUGGGCCAACGAGCUGUCGAGCAAGAAGAAUGUCUUUAAGUUGAGGACAAUAACAGGCAACGAGUUCCUGCUGCAGUCGGAGACUGACUCUUUGAUCAAAGAGUGGUACAGCACUAUUCAGAAUGUCAUCGAAAGACUGGACCGUGAAAACCCAUUGGACAAUGUCCUUCUGUACUCUCUGAGGAGAGCAGGCAGCGUGGAGAUGCUGGACCACAGUGGAGAUGAAGAUGAGAGGAGAACGUCACUCCCUCGCUCGACAUCCAACCUGGAAAACACAGAGAGGAAAAGAGUAAAGACCCGGCUGAAGAAGCUGAUCCUAAAGAGACCUCCUCUACAGGCCCUGCAGGAGAAAGGGCUCAUUAAAGAUCAGGUGUUUGGCUGUCGUCUGGAGAUGCUCUGCGAGCGAGAGAAGAACAUGGUCCCUCGCUUCGUCAGGCUUUGUACUGAGGCUGUGGAGAGGAGAGGACUGGACACUGAUGGCAUCUACAGAGUAUCAGGAAACCUGGCAGUGAUUCAGAAACUACGCUUCCUGGUGAACCAUGAGCGAGCGGUGACUACUGACGGCCGUUACAUGUUCCCAGCGGAGUUGGUACAAGAGGAGAAGCUGAAUUUGGAUGAGAGCGAGUGGGAGGACAUUCAUGUCAUCACGGGAGCUUUGAAACUUUUCUUUCGCGAGCUUCCUGAGCCUCUGGUGCCCUACGGCUUCUUCACAGACAUCGUGGAGACAGUCAAGAUGUCGGACUACAUGGACAAAGUGGACCGUUUGAAGUGUCUGGUGCUUAACAUGCCUCCUCCAAACCACGACACGCUGCUGUUCAUGUGCCGCCAUCUCAAACGAGUUUUAGCACAUUCAGAUACCAACAGAAUGACCACACAGAACAUCGGCAUUGUGUUUGGGCCGACCCUGAUGCGCCCGGAGCGGGACAAUGGCAACAUGGCGGUGAAUAUGGUUUACCAGAACCAGGCGGUGGAGCUCAUCCUCAGCGAAUUUGACCACAUCUUUGGAACGAGAGGCGCCUCUUGAUCUUUUCGGACAG